CUCUCGCGACCAUGGACACUUACUUUGACCUGGACGCGUUCCGGGCACGGGUGAGCAGCAGCACGGCCGAGGCGCAUGCAACGGUGUACGGUGUGGUGUACUCGCCAUGUGGUGAGUACAUGGCUGCGGUGGACUCGCGGGGAGUGGUGAGGGUGUGGGCCCUGUCUCCUGCUCUCCAAGGCGAGUGGUGGGCCGAGGGUGAGGAUGGCUCGCCCGGCGUGCCUCUUGUCACGGCUACUCUUCAUCGAGGUCCCAUCUACGGUGUCGAGCUGGCAGAGAUUGGCAGCAAGGUUGUUCUGGCUACGGGUGCGUCUGAUGGUCUCGGUCUCUGGGAUUGGGCUGCGUUGCUGGCGAGUGGCGGUGAGGCGACGGCCGUGGCGGCGGCGCAGUUGCUGGCGCUGGAUGCGGGCGAUGUGGCUGGAACGCCGGUAGAGGUCAACGCUGUGGCGCUGGAUCCAGCAUCAGGCCUGGUAGUUUGCGGAACGGGUGCCGGCGAAGUGCGGGCGUGGGACGUGGCGACCGGGAGCCACAGCUACACGCUUACCGGCCACACCGACAUGGUGCUCGACGUGGGGCUGCGGGGCUCUGGCAGCGCCCCGGUGUCGGCGUCAGAAGACGGGACGGUCAAGCUGUGGGAUGCCAAGGCCGGAGGAUGCAGCGCGAGCCUGCAGCCCGGCGGUGGGGCGUGGGUUGGCGCGCUUGCGCUCGAUCCGGACGCGUCGUGGCUGGCAACCGGCGGCGGUGACUGUGCGGUCUCGCUGUGGCACCUUGCGUCGCUGACGCAGACGACGACGAUGGAAACCAAGGCCUGCGUCCAGACCGUGGUCUUUGCCGACGAGCACGUGCUGGCUGGCGGAGCGAGCCCGUGGCUUUACCGCUUUAACAUCAACGGGCGGCUGGCGGCCAAGCUGCCUGUGACCCGCGGAACAGGGUGA